AUGCUCUCUCUUGUUGCUCUCUCCCUUAUUUCUGCGGCUGCGGCCCAGAAGGCUGGUACCAACACCGCCGAGACUCACCCUUCCCUUACAUGGAAGAAGUGCACAGGUGCCAACUCGUGCUCCAACGUCAGCGGCUCGAUCGUCAUUGACUCCAACUGGCGCUGGACCGACAAGGACGGCACCAACUGCUACGACGGCAACAAGUGGACCAGCGCUUGCAGCAGCAACGAAGACUGUGCCCAGAACUGCGCUCUUGAGGGUGCCGACUACUCUGGAACCUACGGUAUCACUACUAGCAGCGAUGCCUUGACCCUCAAGUUUGUUCAGGAUCACGCCUACGGCAAGAACAUCGGUUCCCGAACCUACCUCCUGAACUCUGAGUCCAAGUACGAGAUGUUCAACCUGAUUGGCAACGAGCUGGCUUUCGAUGUCGAUCUCUCAACCGUUGAGUGUGGUCUCAACAGUGCCCUCUACUUUGUCGCCAUGGAGGAAGACGGUGGCAUGGCCAGCUACCCCAACAACAAGGCCGGUGCCAAGUACGGUACUGGUUACUGUGAUUCCCAGUGCGCCCGUGAUCUCAAGUACAUCGGCGGUCUUGCCAACUACGAGGGCUGGGAGCCUUCUGACAGUGAUGAGAACGCUGGUGUUGGACAGCGCGGUGCCUGCUGUGCCGAGAUCGACAUCUGGGAGUCCAACUCUCACUCCUUUGCUCUGACCCCCCACGCAUGUGAGAACAACGAUUUCCACAUCUGCACUGCUCCCAACUGCGGCGGUACCUACUCUGAGGACCGCUUUGCUGGCGACUGUGACGCCAACGGCUGUGACUACAACCCAUACCGCAUGGGCAACGAAGACUUCUACGGCGCUGGCAAGAUCGUCGACACGAAGUCGAAGUUCACCGUCGUCACAUCCUUCACCACCAGCGGCCUCAAGCAAUUCUUCGUCCAGGGCGGCAAGCGCAUCGACAUCCCCGCCCCCACCCACGCCGGCCUCCCCGACAGCAGCGAGAUCAACGACGCCCUCUGCAGCACCGUCUUCAACGUCUUUGGCGACUACGACCGCUACUCCGAGGUCGGUGGAUGGUCUGCCAUCUCCGACGCUCUCUCUAAGCCCCAUGUUCUGGUCCUGUCCAUCUGGGCCGACCACUACGCCAACAUGCUCUGGCUCGACGGUGUCUGGCCCAAGGACUCCACCAGCCUGGGUUCCAAGCGUGGCGACUGCCCUGCCAACUCUGGUGUUCCCUCCGAGGUUGUCGCCAACUACCCCGACUCCUUCGUCACCUGGUCCAACAUCCGCUUCGGACCUGCCGGCUCCACGACUGGUCUGUAA